CAAAAGCUUUCUUCUGUUUUGGCCUCUCGUGUAUCCUGUGACACUCGCACACAUGACUUUAUUCCGGAUUUCCAAGAUCCAGUUCCUUAGAGAAAGGCAAUAUUAUGCUGGCCGGGUUCCUUAUGAGAGGCCAUGCGCCAGGCGGGUGAUUGAAUCGUCCAGGGAGCCGACCAUGUCCCAGCCGGGCUUUGCUUGCCGGCCUCCUCCGGACGUCGAGACGGACGAUUGCCUCCAGGAAUAUACUUACCUCUUCAACCCCGACAUCCUCAAGGGCAAAACCGCGUUCAUCACCGGAGGCGGAUCGGGCAUCGGCUUCCGCAUCGCUGAGAUCCUCAUGAGGCAUGGCUGCCAAACGGUGAUUGCCAGCAGGAACCUCCAGAGAGUGACCGAGGCUGCCAAGAAACUGUCAUCGGCCACCGGCCAGAAAUGCCUGCCUUUGACCCUGGACGUCCGGCAACCCCAAGCCAUCAUGGCCGCCGUGGAUGAAUCCCUGAAGCAAUUUGAGAAAGUUGAUAUCCUGGUUAACAAUGCCGCGGGCAACUUCCUCUGUCCGGCCAGCGCCCUGUCCUUCAACGGCUACAAAACGGUGAUCGAGAUCGACACCUUGGGAACGUUCAACGUCUCCAAAGUCCUGUAUGAAAAGUGCCUCCGCGCCAAUGGAGGGGUGAUUGUAAACAUCACGGCAACGCUCAGCUACAAAGGGCAGGCCCUCCAAAUGCAUGCUGGCACAGCUAAGGCCGCCAUAGAUGCAAUGACAAAACACCUGGCGGUGGAAUGGGGUCCGGACGGCAUCCGGGUGAACAGCAUUGCGCCCGGUCCCAUUUUGGGCACGGAGGGGAUGCGCCGCUUAGCCUCUCCUCAGGCAGAGAGCAGCAACGUCUACCAGGAGAUCCCUCUCCAGCGGGCCGGGAACAAGACGGAGAUCGCCCACAGUGUGUUGUACCUGGCCAGCCCCUUGUCGUCGUAUGUGACCGGCACGACUCUGGUGGUGGACGGCGGCAGCUGGAUGACCACCCGGAACGACUUCCCCGCACUGUUGGAUUUUUGGACAACGGAAUUGAAAAGAGAUAAAUAAAUGAAAGAAGGCUGUCCGAACCAUCCUGGAAAAGAGGAAUCACAAACCUGUCUUGGCUGCAACAUCGCUUUGCACCAAACUGGCAACAGAAGGAUUUCAUAUCUGGAUAAUAUUCUGGUAACAUCAAGAGAGGAGAGCCAAAACACAUUUGUUAAACGAGCGGCCCAUAUAUGGAUGUGUUGCAACUCCCAUUAUCCUUUGCCAUUCAAACAGGGACGUGCAACAGUGGGAGGCCACUAAGGGACCGCCUAAUCCACCCCAAAAAAUGCCUCCAACAUCUAAGAAAUGGGGAGCAUUUGGGCCAUGUUGUAUCACCGUUUGGGCAUUCUGAGUCGAGGAGACUUUUUUUUUAAUCAAAAAGAGACUCCAAAGUCAGUGGCAUCCUUAGGGUUGGUGUCACCCGGUAUAGUAAGCCUCAUGGGCCUCCUCCCAUUCCCGACUGUAUUCCAGUGAUUUCCAGGGGCGCAGUGAUGGCACCUAUUAGGACACGGGGGCGGGCAUGGUAUUUGGGUGCAAAUCAUUGAGCUUUUGGCGUAACUAUACUUUGUCCAGCUCCUACUACAGUAGAGUCUCACUUAUCCAACAUAAACGGGCCGGCAGAACGUUGGAUAAGCGAAUAUGUUGGAUAAUAAGGAGAGAUUAAGGAGAAACCUAUUAAAGAUCAAAUUAGGUUAUGAUUUUACAAAUUAAGCACCAAAACAUCAUGUUAGACAACAAAUUGGACAGAAAGAGUAGUUCAAUAUGCAGUAAUGCUACUUAGUAAUUACUGUAUUUACGAAUUUAGCACCAAAAUAUCAUGAUGUAUUGAAAACAUUGACUACGAAAAUGCGUUGGAUAAUCCAGAACGUUGGAUAAGUGAGACUCUACUGUAUGGGAUUUUUCAACCCGGCAAUGCAUUGUAGGGCCUCCUAUUUCCCAGGCCUGAUAGUCCAUUAUAUUCUCAACCCUGAGGUUUUUGCUUCUGUAUGAUACACAGUGUUUUGCAAAAGACAGGCUGAAAACAAGACCAGCUUUCUGAUGCUGAUACGGGAAGUACGCUUUAACUUAGGAUUAGUUUAUUGUUUUGCAAACCCAUUUUAUUUUCUGUUUGCCUUCCCUGCACUGUUUGCCACCGGAGCCUUUUUUGCUUUGUUUUAUUUGUAUUGUUCCGUAUUGACCGAUCCAGCCUGACUUUUCCUGUAUCUAAUUGUUACGAUUCUGGGCCAAACAGGGUGAUUCUGCACUUUUUCUUUAGCCAAACCUCUCUUUUUUUUCAACUAAAAAGUAUUCCCCUCCUUGAAAUAAAUUUUACAAAUUUC